AUGAUAGCGGCUGGUGGUGGAGAGGAAGGAAAGCAGGUUGGAGAGGGGACAACAAAUGUCCUCAUUCAUUUUGCUGCUGAAGAAAACCCAUCAUUGAACUAUAUCCUCACGGCACGAAAAAAGUUAUCAGAUUUGGAGCGAGUUACCUCCCUUAAAGUGUACAAUUGGUUUGCCAACAGAAGAAAGGAAAUCAAGAGAAGAGCCAAUAUCGAAGCAGCAAUCCUGGAGAGCCAUGGAAUAGAUGUACAGAGUCCGGGAGGCCAUUCCAACAGCGACGACGUUGAUGGCAAUGACUACUCAGAGCAGGACACUUGGCAAGUACGCAAUGGGGAGGAGGAGGGAAGAUGUUCAGAGGGAGGCAGAGAAGCAGAGAAGGAUGACAACACUAGCCAUAGUGACCAUCAAGACCCCAUUUCAUUAGCCGUGGAAAUGGCAGCGGUAAACCACACCAUCUUGGCAUUGGCCCGACAAGGAGCCAACGAGAUCAAGACAGAGGCUCUAGACGACGACUGAUACAAAGAAAGGGGAGGGUCAAAGCAAGAAGUAACUUAGUUUUAGACGUAGCACCUUAGCAGACUUUCCUCGGUCCUUAAUAUGUGUUCUUACAGUAUAACUUUGCAGUUUCUUGUACGUCAGUUAGCUGUUAGGGUCUUGUUCUGUGAAGAUGGCAUGGUGCCCUCAGCCUUUGCAUAUAUUCUCUCAGUAUUAAUUCCCAAUAAAUAAUCAAUCAACCAACCAACCUCCCUCUCCCAGCCCCAGUGGCUAGAAAAAAAUC